AUGGAAAAAGAUUCCGAUCUGCUACCAGAGCUCUUCCGAUUUGCGCUCAAGCCGGGCUCGGUGGAGGGUCUCGACCUCGACCAUGAACGACCCUCACCGGCCCAAGAGUUGCGGCGGAAAAUCGUAGAGGGAAUUUUGUAUAACAAGAAUUUUGUGCCGACCUACCACUUCGUUAUUCUGGCAUUGGUCGUGUUAUUCUCGGCAGCACAUUUGGGCGAGAAGACAAGACGCUGGAGGAGACGAGCGAUAAAGCUGCGAUCCGAAGCAUUACACGAUGAGGAUGGAUUGGAGACACCAAAAGCGAUAUCCAUAACAGGCGGGCCCUAUAUAAGAGACCUUCAGGACUCUUCUACUCCUUCGUCGGGAAGUAGCACGAUAUUGGGCACCGAGAGCCCUCCGCGAAAGGACUUGGACGAUGACGAGCAAACCCCGCUUCUCUAUACUGGCCACCAUCUUCAGCCUCUCCAUCCUCGAAGAACCAUACUCUCGGGCUUCCAGGCAUUUUUGAUGCACCAGCCGCGACCGAUGCCGUUAAUACAAAAGGCUCUUCCCUCGAAUGGAACGUCGCUCGCUAUUAUUUUCUUUCUUGGCAUAAAUGUGUUCUAUACUUUUUGGCACAUCAACUUGGAGUUUGUGCAAUCUUUCGUUCUUGCCGAUAGGGCUGGCUUUCUUUUUGUUUCAAAUCUUCCUUAUUUAUAUAUCUUAGGAGCGAAGAACCAGCCCUUGAAAUUUCUCACUGGUCGAUCCUACGAGUCAUUGAAUCUCAUACAUCGUCGCCUCGGCGAAGUUCUAUGUCUACAAGCACUUGUUCAUGCUUUGGGCAUGACUGGGGCGUGGUACUACUUCAUUCGACCAACCGGGUUUCUUACAACCCUGCUUGAUUUUCUGACGCUCAAGAUUAUUGUCUUUGGUUUAAUCGCCUUUUUCUCAUAUGAACUUUUAUAUAUUACAUCUCUUGCAAGUUUUCGACAACGCUGGUACGAAUUAUUUUUGGGCUUGCAUGUCGUUUUUCAGUUUCUAGCUUUGCUUUUUCUCUUUCUACAUCACCCUACAGGAAGGCCAUACGUUGGAGCAGCUUUGGCUAUCUUCAUCACUGACAGGGCCAUAUAUCGAAUCAGCCUCAAAAGCCUCACAGUCGAAGCGCAGGCCACGAUCAUGGAAGAUGACGAGACCGUCCGACUUUCCACCACAAUUAUCCUGCAACCGCCUAAAACCAACCAUGUGCUUAUAGGCAAAUCUAUUGCCCACGGAUGGCAAGCAACUGAUCACGUUUUUAUCACCAUCCCUUCCCUCGCAAAGAAAUACAUCCUCCAGUCCCACCCAUUCACAAUCGCCUCCCAAGCACCUCAUCCCGAUGAGCAAAUGGCUAAACUCGACCUCUUGAUCCGUGCCAGAGACGGAUUCUCAGCUGACCUCCUCAUGCGAGCGCGCUCACAUAAACACCUUCAAGUCCAAUUAGAUGGCCCAUACGGUAGCUCUCACUCCCGUCAUCUCCUCGAAUCCUCCGAUUUCCAACUCCUCGUCGCUGGAGGAAGUGGUAUCGCAGUCAUAUGGCCUCUGGUCCAGCACCUCAUCUCCCUUUCUCGCUCGUCAGAUGCUGAAAACGCCCCAGCUUCACCUGUACUGCAGAAGAAAAUCGUGGUUAUCUGGGUGAUUCACAAGGGCGAACAUCUUGAGUGGGUUGGUAGACAAGCACUUGCGGAUGCUGAAUAUCGAGGCGUACAAACUAUUGUUCCAAGAGCGACAGAAGAGAUUGGGCGGCCGGACUUGGCGAGCGAGAUUGCAGAAGUCUUGACUGGGGCUGUGAGUAGUGGGAAGAGGAUAGGCGUUGUUACUAGUGGGCCAGAUAGUAUGGGACGCGAAGUCAGGAAUAUUUGUGCGGGGAUGAAAAGGAAUGGGGUGGAUGUUGAUGUCGCCGUGGAGAAGUUUGGUUGGUAA